GUCUUCUAUCUCGAUUUCAACCAACAAUGUCACCGGAUUCGUCUUCUCUAGCUUCAAACGCUUCCAAUCUCUCAUAAACCCUAAGUGAAAAGGGGAUUUUUUGUUCUCCACAGAUCUAAGCGACUCUGUAGCACAGAGAGACCAAAACAGAGAAUCAAAGAAUAUAUUCGGACCAAAUUGUAUGUGCUUCUUUCGGACAAGAAGCGAUGAUGAGGGGAUCUCGGUUUCUCCUCUCUCGCGCUUCUCUUUCUUAUCGUCUUCGCUCUGGUUUUCAUCAUCAUCACAAUUUCAUCAAACGUAGCUCAAUUCAAAGAUCACCAGCUAUCAAUGCAUUCCUCUCCGACCCAUCUCCAUAUCCAUCUCCGGUCAACGCACGCGUCGUGUUCUUUUCCACUUCAACUUCAACUCCAAAUCAAGAUCAGGAUCAAACCACCAUUAAAUCUCGUAAACAAAUCAACGCGACGUCGUCUCAAAAGAUCCUCCGCACGAUUUCAAGCUAUCUAUGGAUGAAAGACAAUCCAGAACUCCGAUUCAGAGUCAUCGCUGCAUUAGCGUGUCUCGUAGGAGCUAAGUUCUUGAAUGUUCAAGUUCCUUUUCUCUUCAAAUUAGCUAUCGAUUUACUCUCUUCAUCUUCAUCAACAAUUGCUGAUUCAAAUCCUUAUCUUCUUGCUGCAUUCGCUACUCCUUCUUCUGUUCUCAUUGGUUAUGGCAUUGCUCGAUCUGGAUCUUCAGCUUUUAACGAGCUUCGUACUGCUGUUUUCUCUAAAGUAGCUCUCCGCACAAUACGAUCUGUUUCUCGUAAAGUUCUCUCGCAUUUACACGAUCUUGAUCUUCGUUACCAUUUGAAUCGAGAAACAGGAGCUUUGAAUAGAAUCAUCGAUCGUGGAAGCCGCGCGAUUAACACGAUCCUCUCAGCUAUGGUUUUCAAUGUUGUUCCCACGAUCUUGGAGAUAUCUAUGGUCACAGGUAUAUUAGCAUACAAUUUUGGACCUGUUUUUGCUUUGAUCACUUCUCUUUCCGUUGGAUCAUACAUUGCUUUCACAUUGGUUGUGACACAGUGGAGAACUAAGUUUAGAUUAGCUAUGAAUAAAGCUGAUAAUGAUGCUAGCACAAGAGCUAUUGAUUCUCUUAUAAACUAUGAGACUGUUAAGUAUUUCAAUAACGAAGAUUACGAAGGGAGAAAGUACGAUGAUUUACUCGAAAGAUACGAAGAUGCUGCAUUGCAAACUCAGAAAAGUCUGGCCUUUUUAGAUUUUGGACAGAGUUUUAUAUUUAGUACAGCUUUGUCAACAGCAAUGGUGUUGUGUUCUCAAGGGAUUAUGAAUGGAGAGAUGACAGUUGGUGAUUUGGUGAUGGUGAAUGGUCUUCUCUUUCAAUUGUCUCUUCCUCUUUACUUUCUUGGUGGUGUUUACCGCGAAACCGUUCAGAGUCUUGUGGAUAUGAAAUCAAUGUUCCAGUUGCUAGAGGAGAGAUCCGAUAUCGGAGAUAAAGAUACAAAUACAAAGCUUCCUCUUCUUGUUCUGAAAGGUGGAAGCAUUAGUUUUGAGGAUGUACAUUUUAGUUAUCUACCGGAGAGAAAGAUUUUAGAUGGGAUUUCAUUUGAGGUACCGGCGGGGAAAAGUGUGGCGAUUGUUGGUAGUAGCGGAAGCGGAAAAUCGACUAUUCUUAGAAUGAUAUUCAGAUUCUUUGACACAGAUUCCGGAAAUGUAAAGAUUGAUGGUCAGAAUAUAAAGGAAGUGAGAUUAGAGAGUCUUCGAAGCUCCAUUGGAGUUGUCCCUCAAGAUACUGUGCUCUUCAAUGACACAAUAUUUCACAACAUCCACUAUGGAAACCUUUCAGCAACAGAGGAAGAGGUGUACGAUGCAGCUCGGCGAGCAGCGAUUCACGACACAAUCAUGAAAUUCCCGGAUAAAUAUUCAACCGCGGUGGGAGAAAGAGGGCUGAUGCUGAGUGGUGGAGAGAAGCAAAGAGUGGCACUAGCUCGUGCAUUUCUGAAAGCACCUGCAAUCCUGUUGUGUGACGAAGCAACGAGUGCGCUUGACAGUAAAACCGAGGCAGAGAUAAUGAAAACGCUCAGAUCGUUAGCGAGUAACAGAACUUGCGUCUUCAUUGCACAUAGGCUGACCACUGCGAUGCAAUGUGAUGAAAUAAUAGUAAUGGAGAAAGGGAAAGUAGUGGAAAAAGGGACACACCAAGUGUUGACCAAAAUGGAGGCUCGUCCAGUUCAGAGAUCAGGUUCGAGAGAGCUCAGUAGUAACCUCGCACGCACUUCUUCAAUCCCAUCUACACAAAAACCUUCAGCAGCAGAAGAUAGUUAUAACAGAUCAGAGAACAACACUCAGUUAAUGUCGAGGCAGUUAGGACAAUCCUACCAUUUGCUUUCCUCUAGUAACGGUGGAGCUGUUGGACAUAUAUGUUCUUCUUCAUCAUCGGGUGGUUUCUCGAACAAUCUCCAUUACUCGGCUAUGGUAUCUCAUGAGAAGCAACACUACGCAGGAAGCAGCAGUCAUGCUGCGCAGGCAUCGAGCAACGAUAGUUCUUGGUGUCAUGAUUCAUUGCCAGGAGGGUUUCUUGAUUUCCAUGAAAACAAUAACCCGGCGAUUCAAAACAACAGUCAAAUUGAGGAUGGUGGCAUUGCGGCUGCGUUUGAUGACAUUCAAAAACGAAGUGAUUGGCAUGAAUGGGCUGACCAUUUGAUCACUGAUGAAGAUCCUUUGAUGUCUACUAACUGGAAUGAUCUCUUGCUUGAAACAAGUUCCAAUUCUGAUUCAAAGGACCAGAAAUCACUGCAAAUUCCACAACCUCAGAUUGUUCAGCAGCAACCUUCUCCGUCUGUAGAAUUGCGACCUGUUAGCACAACAUCUUCAAACAGUAAUAACGGAACGGGCAAGGCACGUAUGCGUUGGACGCCAGAGCUUCACGAGGCUUUUGUUGAGGCUGUCAACAGUCUUGGUGGCAGUGAAAGAGCUACUCCUAAAGGUGUACUGAAGAUUAUGAAAGUUGAAGGCUUGACUAUAUAUCAUGUCAAAAGCCAUUUACAGAAAUAUAGGACAGCUAGAUAUCGACCAGAGGCAUCAGAAACUGGUUCGCCAGAGAAGAAGUUGACACCGCUUGAACAUAUAACAUCUCUUGAUUUGAAAGGUGGGAUAGGUAUUACAGAGGCUCUGCGACUUCAGAUGGAAGUACAGAAGCAACUCCAUGAGCAGCUCGAGAUUCAAAGAAACCUGCAACUCCGGAUAGAAGAACAAGGCAAGUACCUGCAAAUGAUGUUCGAGAAACAAAACUCGGAUCUUGCCAAAGGGACAGCCUCGACGUCAGAUUCCGCAGCCAAAUCCGAGCAAGAAGACAAGAAAACUGCUGAUACAAAGGAGCUCGCAUCAGAAGAAACCAGGAAAUGUGAGGAACCAGAAUCUCCACAGCCAAAGCGUCCCAAAACCGAUAAUUGAAAGAAUUAGUGUUUUGCUGGAUAAUCUCGGAGUUUCAGAGUUUAACAGUGAUAGAGAGAGCUCUUAUCUUGAGCUUCAGGACUUCUCUCUCUACUGUUUAACUAUUUUUCUGAUGGAAGACUCUCUCAACUCAGCUGUGUAGACAAAACAACAGAUCCCCAAGAAAGAAACAAAACAAAAAUAAAGAGUUUAGUUUGGG